AUGCAUACAUUUAAAAUGGCCAAAUCAUCGUUAUGCCGGACUGUACCAUCUCGAAUGUUUACCGUAUUUGUUAACCUCAUUUUUUUAGAUGACGUCAUAGCAGAUUAUUGUGAAUUUGGAACUUGCGAGGAAGACGAAUAUUGUUGUGGUGAUAAUAAAUGUUGCAGGAAUUCUUCAGCGGUUUGGUAUUUAUGGGUUCUAGGGAUACUUACACUUUUAGUCAUAUUUAUAUUGUACAUAUGGGUGAGAUUCAGAAGAAACAAUCAGUCUGAUAAUCAAUACCAUCCAUUGUCUACAAAUGAACCAGAAAUGGAAGUUCCAAUUCUAGCAACAUGA